AUGGGCGCCCACAAAAGCUCUGCGCAGCUCCUCCAAUCUCUUGUUGAAGCUCUCUCGUCCACGACGACAGUCCAUUCACGACGCAGCGUCGUCCAAUGUCGUUCGGUCACGCUUCCAAGAAAGUACUGCCCUCCUGCUUCUGGCCAUGACACGACCCACACCCUGAGACGCCGACCGUUCACCACCUCGGCUCCUCUCCGCCAACAAAAUCGGGUGUUCAAUCCCUUCCGCACCCCGUCGCAGUUUCACGACUCGCUCCGUCUCUGCUCGGCCAACAACACCCUCCUCCUCGCCCUCUUCACCACGUCCACCUGCACGCCGUGUCGGACCAUCACGCCGCUGCUCACGAGUCUGGUCGAGACUCGACCGGUGGACCCUGCGGACCGAUACUCCGCGUUGGCGUUUGCGGAAGUCGAGCUCGACAGUCCGGACAUGAGCGAGGGGAGCAUGAUGGGUUUGGGCGUCGAGUGGGGCGUGACGAGCAUGCCGACCCUCAUUGGGUUUGGAGGGCGGAGGGCGGAAAGGGUCACGGAUCGUUUGACGGACACGAGAAUGUUGGGUGACGGUAAGAGGAUGGCGGCGUGGGUGGAUGAACAGAUGAGGAAAGGGGAUCCAUUUGGUACGAGUGGUGUUGGAUCAGGAGGAGGUGCUGGUGGGGGAUUGUCGGGAAGAAUCUUUGGUGGAUGA